AUGAGUGCGCCUGCGAACAACGUCACCCCGCGCAAACCAUCCGAUGGCACGGAGUCCGUUCGGUCUACGACAUCAUCCCCCAUCUCUCUCGUGGGCUCACUGCAAUCGAUGCCUGGCGAUCGAACAUUAGGGCACCGUGCUAUGCCCCGCACCUCAUCGAUCGAUUCCGCCAUAUCCUCGCUAUCCUCGGCUUCACAUCCUCACAAGUCGUCUUUCGACGCUAGUGCGGUGAGCCAGGCUGAUAUCGAACACCUCAUAACAACCGCGGGUUCGCCCGAGGCAGUGAUAAUACAUCUGCUGAAAGAAAAGCACCAUGCUGCUUCUCAGAACUCGCAGCUCUGGAGACUGGUGGACAAACAAAGAACCCUCAUUCUCGGGCUGAACAAGGACCUUGAGCGUGCAUUGAAGGAAAAAGAACGAUACAAGAAGAAGGCCAGAGAGCUACAGAAUUCAAUCCCCUCGGUGCCGUCUACUGCCGAUCAGAUCACUGUACAAUCUCGAGCAGAUCACGGAAGUGCGCUAAGGUCAACAAGUCCAAAUUCGAGUAUUCAAGUCUUCCGUAAAAAUGCAGUGCUUGCUUCUGGGGCGGAAAACCGGGCACCAUCGAGAAGUCUCAAUUUCCCGGGCGGGCCUACAAUGUUAGACACUAAUCUGACAACCGAGCUGUCGCAGCCAGGCAAAGGAGCCGAGUCCAAUGGAUGGACAAAAUCUCCAAGUCCUGACCCUUCUCUGCACUCUCAAAAAGAACUACCGACUGCAAGCCCUAGCUCCUCAGCCAGCUCUAGUUCGGCUUUGAAAGACGUCUGGCCUGAGGAUGGCAAACAACGGAGGCUUCCGCAACCUUCGCGAAAGCCCCCUCCGGCGCCCUUGAACCUUGGGCAAACAGAAAGUUCAGCGAUUGGCCACUCGAAUGUCUACGAUUCAGAGUCUGAGUAUGAAGACAUCCUAGAGGUCGACGAACUACCGAUCGAACGCGGAAGACGAAAAACGAGGGAUGAAGAUGACCGAGAUCGUGAAGCAGCGGUGACAAAAGAUGGGGACGGUGGUCAAGAUGCCUCACGAUCCAUUGGGAAAGAUAAUCCUUCAUGCAAAGACUCGCACGGCAUAUUGACCUCGAUGAGACCCUUGGAACCAUGGCAAAACACAUCGCAUAGCGCCUUGAUGAUUGAACCUCAAAGAGUGUCUGCAUCUAUCCACAGUCCUCGGAUUGGUCACACCCCAUCAUUCAGUGAUCAGCCCGCCAUAACGGUACCGAAGAGCCCAGGCUUGCCUCUCAGUCCAAGACCGGAAGACCGACCUCUAGGUUCUCCCCUGCCUCGGAUGCCUCGGGAAAUUCCAAACUCAUUCGCUCUCCUGCCCACGUCUUCUGAAAAUGGCCUCGCUGGCCUGGCUCUGUCUCCUCGCAUUGCUAAACAACCCAAUCUGUUUGGACCAGGAGCUCCAAGGUCCACAAGCGGUUCCCUUAACAUUGAUACCACUAGCGGAUCAAUUCCUUCAAUAGACGCAACUGUACAGAUGGAAAAUCAGCGAUCUUUGUACCCAGCCAGAAUCUAUCAAGGCUUGGUGUCGGAAGACUAUCCAGAUCUCCUUCUACCACCAAAUGCCCUUCCUUUGAUCCGAGUGCAAGUCUCUUCGUCGCGACUGCGACCUUCCAGAAACAGCUAUAUGGCACCUAAGCCAUCGGAAGAGGAACCUGUCUUCACUUUGAGCAUUUUUUCACGGUCAAAGAACCUAGAGCUUUGGCGCGUCGAGAAGGUCAUAGCCGCCUUGCCUCAGCUCGACCAGCAAGUCAGACAAUCGUCUGCGUUAUGGAUGAAACUGCCGGACAGAUCCAUCUUCAGCGGGCAUUCUCCUGCAAAGAUUGACGCAAGGCGUGCCGCCCUGAAUACCUACUUUGAGACCCUGCUCGACACUCCAGUAGACGAGAAAGCAGCCCUGGCGAUCUGCCACUUUCUGACAGCAGAUGCAAUUGAACCUCGAGACGAUGAAACAAGUUUAUUGAAGGGCAAUAGUAAAGCCGCUUAUGAUGGACAGCGUGGUCAGGAUGGCAAACCUAAGAAAGAAGGCUAUUUGACGAAAAGGGGCAAGAAUUUCGGCGGCUGGAAAGCGCGGUAUUUCAUACUCCAUGGACCUGAACUGAAGUAUUUCGAAUCGCCGGGAGGCCCUCAUCUUGGAACCAUCAAGAUCCAUAGUGCUCAGAUUGGCAAGCAAUCACAGACUACACCUGGCCAACCCAACUCCUCCUCUGGUGCUGAAGACGACUCUGACAAUCAAUACCGACAUGCCUUCCUCAUAUUAGAGCCGAAAAAGAAGGACUCUUCUGCCCUCGUACGACAUGUUCUCUGCGCCGAAAGUGACGAGGAAAGAGAUGCGUGGGUUGAAGCACUCCUAGAGCAUGUUGAAGGACAUUCGGAUAGUGAAGGCUUAGACACUACAUCACCGCAAAGUCAGGGUCAGAUCUCCGCACAACCGAUUUCUCAGGCAGCUGCGAAAUCCUUUCCCAGUGGAAACAAGAAACCCCCCAAGGGGAUGGUCGUCUCGGAGCCAAACGCUAUUGAUACCGUGCAGGGCUUUAGCUACGAUGAUGCUGUUCCUGCCGAACCACCCGUUCUCGGCGCUCCAACUGAAAGGCAACCACCAAAAUCUCCCAUGUUCCCAUCAGAAGCAUUUAUGGAUUCUGCAAAUGGCAAUCACGGUCCAGAACCGGUCCAGUUUUCCUCUAAGCUGAUCUCGGGGCCCACAAACGGUGCGGUGAUUCAGGAUGCAGGCGCCUGGGGCAAUAAGACCGUCACCAGUACCAAGGAGAAGAAGCGCAGUAUCUGGGGAUUCCGCACGAGGUCAUCAUAUGAUCUCGCUUCCCAGCUUCAGGCCAGCUAUGAAUCUCCCACAGCACAAGCACCCAGCAUAACGAUAGGAGAGAAGAGAGACUUUAUCAGGCCCGUUUUUGGAAUACCGUUGGCAGAGGCUGUACAAUUUUGCGCUCCACAGGGGGUAAAUAUCGACUUGCCUGCCGUCGUCUAUCGCUGUAUUGAAUACUUGCAAGCAAAGGGAGCUGCAACAGAGGAAGGCAUAUUUAGGCUUAGCGGUUCCAAUGUCGUCGUCAAAGCACUCAAGGAACGCUUCAAUACUGAAGGUGAUGUCGACUUUCUUGCUGGUGAUGAAUACUAUGAUGUCCAUGCUGUUGCCAGUCUCUUCAAGCAAUAUCUCCGGGAGCUUCCAACAAAUGUUCUCACUCGCGAGCUACAUCUAGAGUUUUUACGCGUGCUUGAACUUAAUGACCGUCAGAAGAAAAUCCUAGCUUUCAAUUCUCUUGUUCAUAGGCUUCCAAAGCCGAACCUGACUCUGCUACGGGCGCUGGUCCAGUUUUUGAUUGUCAUCGUCAACAAUUCCGAUGUCAAUAAGAUGACAAUCAGGAACGUUGGCAUUGUCUUUGCGCCCACACUGAACAUCCCGGCGCCAGUCUUCUCCAUGUUUCUCACUGAUUUCGAAAGCAUCUUUGAUGAACCGCCAGGCACGGAAGUAGAGCUCGUGGGGUUGAACGUCGACCGUGUUGCGAUCCCCAAGGAUAUUCGUUCUCCUCGCCACCAAAUGUUUUCAGACCUGCCAACACCUACCUACAACCAAACGACGUUUCGCAAACCUGCAGGAAACGUCGAUGAUUAUGACACAGGGCUUAUCUCUAUGCAGCCGACAUAUGAGCAGUCCCCCCAUAACACGAUGGACCAGUACUAUCAAGAUGAGCCAAAUUCUUCCCCAUCUACCAACAGGAUGCUACUGCCCGUCACGGAUAACUCCCGUUCAGCCAAGGCUAAAAGAAGAGAAAGCUCUAUGCUCUUCAUGGAAUAUAACCAUCACGACUCAUCUGUCUAA